AUGGAAAAAACAUCUAAUGGUCUACAUAAUCAUCAAGUACACCCACAUUUUCAAAAUGAGGAUUUCGAUGCUAUUGAAUUAAACUCACCAGCUAUUGAAUCACCAACAAAAACUUCAUCUAGUGUUAAAAUGAAAGAUAUUUUUACAAAAUCCGAUGAGGAUAAAAAAGCAGACAAAGAACCCCAACAGCUUGUUGGUUAUUUAAGUUUAUUUCGUUUUGCAAAUGUUAUGGAUGUCCUUUAUAUGAUAAUUGGUUCUAUUGCUGCUUUGGCACAUGGGGCCGCAUUUCCACUUAUGUUACUUGUAUUCGGAAAUAUUACCGAUAUAUUCACUGAUCAAGCAGCUGGCCCAUGUAAUGCUCCAUGGAACUAUACAAUUUUAACUUCAUUUUGUCCAGAUGGUGUGGUUUUAACUCCUGAGAAUUUCAUUACUGAAUAUAAAAAAUGUAAUUUAUCAGGUUUCAAUAUCACAAUGCCAGAUAUUCUGGGAACUAUUCGUCAACAAUCUAUCUAUUUAACUAUUAUGGGAUGUGGAACAAUAGUCGUAGGAUAUUUGCAAGUUGCCUUCUGGUCUGUUGCUUGUGAACGUCAGACACGUCUUAUUCGUCAAACACUUCUUCGUUCAAUACUUACUAAAGAAAUUUCUUAUUUUGAUACUCACAAAACAGGUCAACUUAGUACACGAUUAACUGAAGAUGUUAAUAAACUUCAUGAUGGUAUUGGUGAUAAAGUCGGUUCAGCAUUGCAAUUUUUUGCUGGUUUUCUUGCUGGUCUUAUACUUGGUAAUCCUGAUGGUAUUCAAAAAGCAAAUUUAAUUGGUGAUAUUAAGUUUUCAAAUGUUAAUUUUGUUUAUCCAUCUCGACCUGACGUACCCGUUCAUAAUGGACUUACAUUUACUGCUGACCAUGGACAUACAACUGCACUUGUUGGUACUUCUGGUUGUGGAAAAAGUACAUGUAUGCAAUUAUUACAAAGAUUCUAUAAUCCAAUUAGUGGUUUGGUUGCAAUUGAUGGUACGCCUGUUGAUCAAUAUAAUCUUCGCUGGCUUCGACAACAUAUUGGUAUUGUGUCACAAGAACCAAUAUUAUUUCAAACAACUAUUAAAGAAAAUAUACGUUUUGGUAAUAUGGAGGCAACAAAAGAACAAAUUGAACAAGCAGCACAAAUGGCAAAUGCACAUGAUUUUAUUAUGCAAUUACCAGAAAAAUAUGAUACAUUAGUUGGUGAACGUGGUGCACAGUUGAGUGGCGGUCAAAAACAACGUAUCGCUAUUGCUCGUGCACUUGUUCGCGAUCCUCGUAUACUUUUACUUGACGAAGCAACUAGUGCUCUUGAUACAGAAAGUGAACGUGUAGUUCAAGAUGCUCUUGAUCGUGCAUCAAAAGGACGUACAACAAUUGUCAUUGCACAUCGUUUAUCUACAAUUAUAAAUGCAUCAAAAAUAAUUGUUAUUAAUAAAGGAUCCGUUGUUGAAGAAGGAAGUCAUCAAGCAUUAAUGGAUGCAAAAGGUGUUUAUUAUGGUCUUGUUCAAGCACAAAAUUUACGUAAUGUUGAUGGUAAAGAAGUAGAAGAAGACGCAGAUUUAACAGAACCUCCUCCGUAUGAUCGAACCAGAACAUUAAGUAAUCAACAUCAAACAUCAGUUGAUGAAAAAGAUGGACUUACAAACGAUGAUGAAAGUAGUGAAAAGAUGGAGUAUUCUGGACCAGCGCCAUUUGUUGCAAUGCUUAAAAUGAAUCGGCCUGAAUUAAUUUAUAUUAUAUUUGGUUGUAUAUCCUGUAUUUGUAAUGGAGGUGUUCAACCGGCAUUUGGUGUUAUUUUAAGUAAAAUUAUUGCAGUUUUUCAAGUAUGUGAUCAAAACGAACAAGAAAAGCAAGUAUUAAUGUAUAUAUUACUUUUUAUUGGCCUUGGUGUUCUUAUGCUUAUCACUAACUUUUUCCAGAGUUUCCUAUUUGCAAUAUCCGGUGAAUCUUUAACGCAACGUCUUCGUUCAAAAAUUUUUCGAGUUUUAUUACAACAAGAUGUAGCAUAUUUUGAUCUACCAGAAAAUAAUACCGGUGCUUUAUGUACUCGUCUUGCAACUGAAGCUUCUGCUGUUCAAGGAGCAACUGGUAUUCGUAUUGGAACAAUGUUACAAAAUAUAUCAAAUCUUGGUGUUGGAAUGAUUUUAGCAUUUAUUUAUGGUUGGUCAUUAACUUUACUUAUGUUAGCUUUUAUUCCAUUUAUGAUUAUUGCUGGAUUUUUACAAACAUAUCUAAUGACUGGUUUUGCAAAUAGUGAUAAAAAAGCAUUAGAAAAUGCUGGAAAGACUGCUGUUGAAGCUAUAUCAAAUAUUCGAACAGUUGCACAAUUAACAAAAGAACAGUAUUUUGAUGAUGAAUAUUGUCGAUUACUUGAGGUUCCUUAUAAGAAUAGUAUAAAACGAGCACAUGUAUUUGGAAUUUUAUUUAGUUUUACUGAUGCAAUUAUGUUCUUUGCACAAGCAGCAUUGUUCACAUUUGGAGCCUGGAGAGUAGAACAAGGAGCAAUGACUUUUGAAAAUAUAAUGCUUGUAAUGAAUUGUAUACUUUUCGGAGCUAUGGCUGUCGGUCAAACGGCAUCAAUGUCACCAGAUUAUUCCAAAGCAAUUUCGGCAUCGAAAAAUAUUUUAACUUUAUUUCUACGUCAACCGGAAAUUAAUAACUCUUCAAAUGAAGGAAAAGUUUUAGAUAACUUUGAUGGACAUAUUAAAUUACAAAAUAUAGAAUUUUGUUAUCCGAAUCGACCAAAAGUACAAGUUUUGAAAGAUUUUAAUUUAACUAUUAAACCAAACAAACAAAUUGCUUUAGUUGGUGCUUCUGGUUGUGGAAAAAGUACAAUUAUUCAAUUACUUGAACAUUUUUAUAAUCCAAAGAGCGGACAAAUAUUAAUUGAUAAAAAUGAUUUAUUAACUUUAAAUCUUCAAUGGUGGAGAAGUCAAAUUGGUUUUGUUAGUCAAGAGCCAAUUUUAUUCGAUGCAUCUAUUAGAGAAAAUAUUGCUUAUGGUGAUACAUCAAGAACUAUAUCAUUAGGAGAAAUACAAGAAGCAGCAAAAAAUGCGAAUAUACAUCAAUUUAUUGUAAGUUUACCAGACCAAUACGACACAAAUGUUGGUUCGAAAGGUACACAGUUAUCUGGUGGUGAAAAACAACGAAUUGCUAUUGCUCGAGCACUUAUUCGUAAUCCAAAAAUCUUAUUACUUGAUGAAGCAACUAGUGCACUUGAUACAGAAAGUGAACGUGUAGUUCAAGAAGCACUUGAUCAAGCUUCAAAAGGUCGUACAACAAUUGUUAUUGCUCAUCGUUUAUCAACUAUACAAAAUUCUGAUCUUAUUUGUGUAUUACGUCGUGGUAAAAUUGUUGAAAGUGGUGGACAUGAUGAAUUAUUAGCUCGUAAAGAAUAUUAUUAUCGUUUAGCACAAGCAAAAAAAUAG